AGCAUUCCGUUCCAGUCGAUAUACUCCUUUCUUCCAUUCAAGUCACUGGAUUGCACAGUUUUUCUUGAGCAAGUCCCCAUCCUUGUUCGGGUAACAGAGGUGGAGAGGUUCACAUCCACAACCAGGGUCUUGAAUCCCAACCUGUAUACAAUUGAACUGAGCCAUGGGGACUUUACAUGGAAAAUCAAACGCCGUUUUAAGCACUUUCAAGCCCUUCAUCAGGAGCUGCUGAAGUUCAAGGCCCUUUUGAAAAUCCCUCUGCCAACACGCAAGGGGCGGGAACAUGCAUCAGUGUGGAACCAGCAAAAGAAAAUGUCUUCACUGCCAGGAUAUCACGCAGUCCAGAGGAGGUCAUUCAAGGGCAAAAAGAGAUGUCAGGGAGGACACAUCCCCACACUGCCUCGGAGACCUGAUGCCUUGGUGAAAGAGGAGCAGCUGUCUCUUAGAAAAAUGCAGCUUGAGGAUUAUCUAAAGAAUAUACUCAAGCGAAGCAUGUACAGGUGUCACCCUGCCACGCUUGAAUUCUUGGAGGUGAGCCAAAUAUCGUUUAUUCAGGACCUUGGACCAAAGGGAAUUGAAGGCAUUAUCUUGAAGAAAUCUGGAGGGAACACCUUCCCAGUCUGCUACUGGUGUGGCUCCAACAGCGUCUGCUAUCGCUGGUCAAAGAGAUGGCUGGUGGUGAAAGACUCUUUUGUGCUCUACAUGCGGCCUGAGGAUGGCCUGGUAGGGACAGUGAUCCUGUACGAUAAAGGAUUCCACAUCAAGAUUGGCACACAGGAGACUGGAGUCAGGCAUGGUGUGACCAUCGAGAACCUCUGCAGGGCACUCACCAUCAAAUGCUCAACGUACAGACAAGCCCGUUGGUGGGGCCACUCCAUUCUGGAGUUUGCACAGAGAUAUGGCGAGGUCUUCUUAAAGGAGAACCGCCAUGGGUCAUUUGCCCCUGUGAGAGAAAACACAGCAACCAAAUGGUUUGUCAAUGCAGCCGGAUACUUUAAUGCCAUAGCUGAUGCCCUGGAGGGUGCAAAAGAGGAGAUAUUCAUUACAGGCUGGUGGAUAAGUCCAGAAAUAUUCCUGAAAAGACCAGUGGUUGAUGGGAACACUUGGAGGUUAGAUUAUGUCCUGAAAAGGAAAGCUGAGCAAGGAGUGAAAAUAUGUAUUCUGCUUUAUAAGGAGGUUGAAGUUGUGCUCGGCCUCAACAGCGAAUACACCAAGAAGACUCUCAUGGGGCUCCACCCCAACAUCAGGGUCAUUCGUCACCCUGAUCAUGUCCCGUCCACUGCAUUGCUCUGGGCCCACCAUGAGAAGACAGUGGUAAUUGACCAGUCAGUGGCCUUCCUUGGGGGCAUCGACCUUGCCUAUGGGAGAUGGGAUGACUCUCGGCACAGACUGACUGACGUGGGGAGUGUCAGAAGGAGUCCCCAGCCAAGCCCCAUCCUCUCUCCCAGUUUAGCGAGGCAAUCCACAGCAAUAAUUGAGGAGGAAGAAGAAGAGACAGAGGACCAAGAUGUGGGCCACGGGGCGAGGGACAGGUCGCGUGACCAGUACAGGGGAGAGGGGUGGUGCAGAGCGGCCAGGAGUGACCACACAGAACACCGGCGUGAGGAGGGCAGUAGUGGCCCCGCCCUCCAGGGCUGCAGACUGCCGAGGACAGAGACAGAGGGGGACUGCAGCUGCUGCUCAGAGGGGGCUUCUGAAUCCAAGCAGUGCAGCACCAGAAGCAGCCUCAGCUCCCGAAUGGCCCCUCAGAGGGAGUGGCAGAACAAGAGCCCAUCCUUUCACUCCAGCGAGUCCGGAUCCUUCCGCACACACUACUCCCUCCCCCUGCCUCAUGAGACUGGCUCGCUGAGAAGCCAUGUGAGCCACAAUGAGCUCUUUGGAGAGGCGCGAUUCUGGCAUGGCAAGGACUACUGCAAUUUCAUCCUGAAAGACUGGGUGAAGCUGAACAAGCCUUUCGAUGACUUUAUUGACAGGUACAAAACUCCGAGAAUGCCAUGGCAUGACAUAGGGGUUGCUGUGCAGGGAAAGGCUGCCAGAGAUAUCGCCAGGCAUUUCAUUCAGAGAUGGAAUUUUACAAAACUGGUGAAGAAACGGUCGGGGGCGAUGUGUUACCCGUUCUUGCUGCCAAAGUCCCUCUCUGCACCGCUGGAGCUCCCCGCAGACAUGAGCAAACACACGCAGGCCAACGUGCAGGUCCUGAGGUCUGUCUGCCAGUGGUCCAUCGGGUCGAAAGUCCACGAGGAGUCCAUACACCUGGCGUACGUCUCCGCCAUCCAGAACAGCAAGCACUUUGUCUACGUCGAGAAUCAGUUCUUCAUCAGCUGCGCUGACAAGACCAUCCACAACAGCAUCGGGGACACUCUCACUGAGAGGAUCUUACGAGCGUACAGGGAAAAGAAGAAGUACAGAGUAUACGUGGUCAUGCCCCUCUUGCCUGGUUUUGAAGGGGACAUUUCCUCUGGAGGGGGCCAAGCCAUCAAAGCAAUCAUGUACUUUAACUACAGGACAAUGUGCCGUGGGGAGCACUCCAUCAUCGAGAGACUCAAAUGUGUGAUGUCUGACUGCUGGAUCAACUACAUCUCCUUCUGUGGCCUGCGCACUCACGCUGACCUGGAUGGCCGGCUGGUUACUGAGCUCAUCUAUGUGCACAGCAAGCUGAUGAUCGUGGAUGACCGCACCGUCAUCAUUGGUUCUGCCAACAUCAAUGACAGGAGCAUGCUGGGAAAGCGUGACAGCGAGAUGGCAGUGGUGGUGGAGGACUCGGAGCUCCAGGACUCAGUGAUGGAUGGGGAGAUGUACCAGGCUGGAAGAUUUGCACGUUCUCUGAGGGAGGAGUGCUUCAGGCUUGUGCUAGGUCUUCUGGAUGACCUUAGUGUGGAUGUCAGUGACCCCAUCAGUGACAGGUUCUACAAGGAGAUCUGGAUGGUGACAGCAGCAAAAAAUGCCAGUGUGUAUGACAAGGUCUUCAGAUGCCUGCCCACCGAUGCAGUUCUGAACUACAAAAUCCUGCGGGAGUAUGUGUCACGCCCCUGUCUUGCUACGGAGGACCCCGUGCUGGCUUAUGAGGAGCUAAAGAAAGUGCGCGGCUUCCUGGUUCAGUUCCCAUUCUACUUCCUGUCUGAGGAGAACCUCUUCCCGUCCUUCAACUCCAAGGAGGGGAUUAUGCCAAUAGAGCUGUGGACAUAGCCUCAUGGGAAAUGUAGUUCCAAACAAAAAAAAAAAAAACACUGAUAUAGCCUUAUA